UCUGCUUUCGGAGCGACGCCAGCCCCGGCGCGCAGCUGCUCCGCUGGGGCCGAGCCCUCCGAGGAAGCCCCUUGGUGGGGAGCAGCCCUCGCCGGGGGUGCCCGCAGCCCCCGGCCCUCGCUGGCCCCGCUCUCGCCGUGACGUCCUUCCCCUCCCCGGGCUCUGGAAACCGCAGCCCUUUCCGCGCUCCCUCCCUGCCCCGCCCGGCCGGAGGUGCAGGCGGAGGGCGGCCCACGACGCCCCGCGGGUGCCGGUGCUGGGGCUGCCCUCGGCCCUCCGUGCCAGCCUCGCCGGUGAUUCCUGAGGUUGGGAUCCAUCAGCACAGGUCCCAUGGCGCCGGGCCGGGCCCUGCUGGUGCUGCUGGUGCUGAGCCCCCUGUGGGCGUGUGGGGCUGAUCUGCUGGAGCCGGGGCUGCCCUGGGGCGGGCAGUGGGUCUGGGGGGAGACCAAGCCCCUGCCCCACUCCCGUGGCAAGAGGGAUGACAGUGGGCAGGAGCCCGGUGCCACCACGAUGAUCAGCAGUGACAAAGGCGAUGGUGUCUCUGUGCCACCGCCAGCACCUGGCACCAAGGCCAGCCUGCUCCUGGUGCCAACCACAGCCAAUGCCACGGAUGAUGAUUCCCCCGAGCCUGAGCUGCUCCUGAGCUCUGCAGCACCAGUGCCCAGCACCAACUCCAGCCUGCUCCUGGUGCCAACCACAGCCAAUGCCAUGGAUGAUGAUUCCCCCGAGCCUGAGCUGCUCCUGAGCUCUGCAGCACCAGUGCCCAGCACCAACUCCAGCCUGCUCCAGGUGCCUGCAGUGCCCACCACAGCCGGGCCUAUGGAUGAGACAGAUUCCCCUGCUCCUGACUCACUGGAGGACUCUGUGGCACCAACAGUGACCAGUGCCAGCACCAGCCUGCUCCGGGUGCCCACCACAGCUGAUCCCAUGGAUGAGACAGAUCCCCCUGAUCCCGACCUGCUCCCGAGCACUGCCCCACCACCAGCAUCCAGCACUGAGGCCAGCUGGGCACUCGUGGUGCCAACCACAGCUGAUCCUAUGGAUGAGACUGAUUCCCCUGCUCCCGAUCUGCUGCCAGGCUCAGAGCCUGGCACACCAUCAGCAGCCCGAAAGAGCAUCCCCACCACCACCCCCGGCUGGCUCACGGCACUCAUCGAGGAGGACACAGUGACUGAUGGCCUGGACAGCGACUCCUCCACGGGGCCACGCUCAACAGCCCCCCCAGCCUUUGUCCUCACCAGCACGGGCUACGGGAAACCCAAGAAAUCCCGAGCUCCGCCUGCAUCGACCCUUGCGGCCAUCGGGGACACGACGCCGGUGGGCACGGCGGUGUCCUGGGAGCCCAGCGGGGCCAUGAGCAAGUGCCUGCUGGCCAUCCUGCUGCUGGGGCUGGUGGCCGCCGCCUUCCUGGUGAGCACGGGCGUGCUGGGGUCGCUGCUGUGGCGGCGGGCGCGGACGGGGGAGCGCCGCUUCAGCCCCACCGAGAUGGUUUGCAUCUCCUCGCUGCUGCCCGACGCCGAGGCGGCCGCCGGCCCCCGUCCUGUCCCCGCCCGGAGGCACAAGCUGCUGCUGCCCGACGGCAGCUCCGAGCCCGAUGGAGACAACCUGACUCUCAGCAGCUUCCUGCCGGAGCACUCCUGAGCCCCAGGGAUGGCUCCUGCAUCCCGCAGCGCUGCCGUGCCCGGUCCCCGAUGGAGCCGCGGGCAGGGCGUCCCUGUCCCCUGAUGUUGUCGCUUGGACCCGUGAGACGGAGCUGCUCCCCCGCGUCCAGCUCGGCCCUCGAGGCCCAUCCCAUUAAAGAGUUACCCGGA